AUGGCAGUUCCCAACGAGAUUCUAGUCUAUGAAGUUUUCAUUGGCGUCUACGUUUUGACGUUCAUCGCCACUCUUGUUUGCGGCUUUCGCAAUGGCUUCUCCAGGGCGGCAGGCUUCUUCUCGCUCGUGCUUUUCUCUGGAAUUCGUCUGGCAUCCAACGCCAUGCUGACCGACCAAUAUUACAAGCACUACUCGAGUAUUGAAGAGGUGAAAUGGGGCUACAUUUUGCACGGCAUCGGCUACUCAUUCCUGGUCACAAGUGUGCUCUCCUUCCUUGCCAUCGUCCACGCCAAUGCCAACGGACUCGGUGACGCCACUGCAAAAGGGUACAAGAGGCCUUGGCUGCUCCGCUUGCUUCAUCUGGUUAACAUUGGCGCACUUGUCCUGCUGAUCACCGGUUACUCCAAGAGCGGAGAAGUCUUUGAUGGCGCUCAUCCCGAUACCAAGCUCAACAGCAUGGCCAACAUCGGAGACAUCAUCUACUGCGCCAUCACGCUUGUCCUCUUCGGCUACUCCUCGGUGCUGUUUCCAAAGACCACAGGUAGUACCAAGCAGAUUCUGUCUCGAAUCUUUCUUGGUCUCGUCUUUAUGGCCGUCCGUUGCGGUUACGCCACCUGGCACACAUACCGAGUCCCGUUCUUGGGCGUAAAUAUCUGGGUCAAGCUUUGCUUGAACUACAUUUGCGAGGUACUCGCUGUACUGGCCUUUGUCACCAUUGCCUUUGUCCGUCGUGACACGGAAAUCUACACAUCACAAAAGCAGUACGAGUUUGCACCAGUUGGCGCUAACUACGCUUAA